AUGUCUUACGACACGUGCACACAAGUCUCGCCCGACUGUCCCGUAUCCGCAUCGACCAACGGCUACGCGCCCAACUUUGGCGGCAACCUCUUCUUCGCCAUCGUCUUUGGCCUCUGCCUCCUCCUGCAAUUCAUCCUCGGCAUCAAGUACAGGACCUGGACAUGGUGGGCCGCCAUGGUUAGCGGAUUGGUGUUGGAGUUGGCCGGCUACAUUGGCAGACUGUUGCAGCACAAUAAUGUUUGGGAUGCCAACGCUUUCAAAUUGCAGCUCGUCACCCUCAUCCUCGGCCCUUCCUUCUUGUCCGGCAGCAUCGACUUGACGCUCAAGCACAUCGUCAUCGUGUUCGGCAAGCAGUACAGCCACAUCAAACCUGCACUCUACACUUGGUUCUUUAUCGGUCUAGACUUUUUCAGCAUCGUCAUUCAAGCCAUUGGCGGUGGUCUGGCAUCCGCAGCCACGUCCGGCAGCAACAACAAUGUCAACAUGCUCAAUACGGGCAACCACAUGAUCCUCGCUGGUAUCGCCAUUCAAGUUUUUCAAUUGGUCCUCUUUGGCAUCGUCACUGCAGACUAUGUUCGUCGUCUCUUUCAAGCUAGAAAGCGAGGAGGCGAGACGCUGAGCAAGGAAGCCGAAGCGUAUUUGGCCGACUGCAAGUUUAGAGGUUUCUGCGCUGCCAUCAUCAUUGGCUACUUUGGCAUCCUCAUCCGCUGCAUCUACAGGUGAGCAGGGGCUGUUCAGACAAACACAUUGCGCGCGGGCUGCCAUGACUCACAUCUCCGCGCGCGCGCGCACAUUCCCCCCCCCCCGCCGCAGAUUGCCAGAAAUGGCCGACGGUUGGGGCAACGGCUUGCAGAGGAAUGAGCCCUCCUUUCUCGUUCUGGACGGCGGGUGAGUGUGGGACGGCGCCGUGUGGGACGGCGCCGUGUGGAGAAGAGGGGGCGGGGCAUGCGUUCGCAUUCCACCCGCCCGCUGACCCUUUCAUUCCUGAUCGCCUAUUCGCUCGCAAUACAGCAUGGUCGCCAUGGCAUCCAUCGUGCUCACCGCAUUCCACCCUGGAUACUCGUUCAUUCAGCUAUCGAACGUGAGUAUGUGCGCGUGCGCGUGCGCGUGGAGCGAGUCGAACACAAUACUGACUUGGCAUGCUUGCUCGCUCCCUCGCAAACUUGCAGGGCUACCGCAAAAAGGCUGCUCGGGAGGCGGAUGACGAUCGCGAAAAGGUGCCUGCCGCGGCCCGUACUCUUGCUUCAUCCAGCCAUUCCACUGGCUCGACCGCAUAA